AUGUCAGCUCUUCCAAGGGUUGCCGGACGGGAUACGCGCUCGAAGCCCCAACAUUCGUUGCGAACAGGGGAUCAAACAACCAGGGACCAGACAUCGGCUAUCAGGGACCCCGCAAAUAUGGUCACGAAGACAUACAAGCGAUCGCGAAACGGUUGCUAUACCUGCCGUCUACGGAGGAAGAAAUGCGACGAAACCCACCCAAGUUGCGUCGCGUGCACUAGUCACGGUGUUAGCUGUGAAUACCGAAAGCCGAGUUGGUGGAUCAGUACCCAGGCGCGGACGCUACAGAAGGACAGGAUUAAACAGAAGGUUAGGGAGAAUAAAAAGACGCAAAGUGAGGUGGCGCUUCAGGAAUACAUGGAACAUGCGCUUCCAUCGGCGAGACCUCGCGAAGUUCCAGCCAGCAAGCCUCAAACGCCUCCCAUGGAGCCAACGGUAUGCGCCAUAUACGAUCCCUCUACAACCUACUUACCAACGCCAACAACUGCCGCGCUUAUGCCUACAUCGUUUGGCUUCGAUGCUGGAAUUGGAAGCAGCGCCUACAUCCCGGAUACCGCAUUUGUUCCAGAUACAACAACCCUGCAAGACCCGAGUGUGUUUUGGUUUGAUCCGACGGCAACUCCACUGAUUCCUACCCCAACAUCGCUUUCAGAGCUAUCAACGAGCUCAGCGGCGAUGACAACCACAACGACGACGACGACGACAACGGCGAUGACGACCCCGGCAUUACAGGUUGAUGAAUGGUACCAAGGUUUCACCCUACCGCGCGCACAAAAUGCUCUAUCCCUUGGAGCCUUCGAAUUUCCAGAUCGACCGCUCUCUUUCUAUCUGGAAGGGACGAUGGCUUCUAACGAUCGGGAGCGUUCUCUACUUUACCACUUUGUUGACAACGUUCUUCGACUGGUCUUUCCAAUUCUCGACCUGCACAAACAAGGACCGUCGCGGGCCCGCCAGAUUCUGCACUCACUUGAAACAAACAAGUCAUAUUACCACGGAUGUCUCAGUGUAGCUGCGAUUCACCUCCGAACUGUCAAAAAACAACGCGGUGAGCGUGUCAAAAGGGAUAUCAUGAACCACCGGUAUGCGGCGAUUUCAGACCUCAACAAAGCCCUGUACGCAGACCACAGCCACGACACGAUUCUAGAUGCCACCCUAGCACAGAUCUUUUUCCACUGCUUCGUGGGAUCACCCGAAGUCGACGCCCUUCCGGAUAUCGAAUGGUACGAGCAUUUCGAAGCCGUCACACACCUCGUCAACAAGCUAGGUGUCAUGGAAGCAACCCCAUUCUCGCCGCCUCCCUUCAGUAUGUCUCUCAGCUCAUGGAUUGAUAUCUUCGGCGCCACAAUGCGCGGGAAAUCUCCGCAGUUCGCGAAUUCGUACCGUAACAAACACAUAAACGGCAUUUCAUCCGGUUUACGUGAAUUGAUGGGCUGCGAAGACCGAAUCAUGUACCUGAUUUCCGAGAUUGCUUGCCUCGACUCCCUCAAGGAAGAAGGGCGCAUCAACGAUUACACAAUCUGCCAUCAUGUCUCCGCGCUCACAGCCCAGCUCGACCACGCUGAGCAAACAGUCGUCAACCCCACCCCCGAAAAUCCAAUGUCCGCCACGGGUAUCAUCGUAGGCGACAUACUCACGAAGAACAUGACCGCAAUUUUCCGCGCUGCAGCCCGUAUCUACCUCAACAGUCUCAUGCCAGGCUUCCACCCAGAGCAGCAAAACAUCACAGACCUGGUCGAGACGGUAACAGGACUUCUGCAGUACAUCCCUUCAGGGCCCUUCGGAUUCGACCGCUCGCUCGUCUGGCCGUUCUUAAUAACCGGGGCAUUUUCGACACCGACGAGUAACUUCCGCAUAGUCCUGGAGCAGCGAAUUGCCGCCCUGGGCGACUGCAGUGAUUUCGGCAAUCUCGGGCGCAUGUACUCUGUGCUGGAAGAGACGUGGAAGCUCUCUGAUGAAACUACUGAACCGGUUUACGCCGAACCGACUGCCGAUUUGUUGUUUGCCCCUUCCUCAUCUUCAACCUUUGGGUUCGACCCGAAUGUUGCCAUGUCCUCACCUUCCAUGCUUGUCGGGACGACGCAGCGAGUCAAGAAACAGCCCUUUCAUUGGCGAGAUGUCAUGAGGGUCCGGGAAUGGCACUAUCUACUCUUGUAG